UUGCUGGAUUGGGUGGCAAUGCCAAGCUGCAUCCGGAGGAAGAGUGUAACAAUAAUCAAUCAUAGGCUCUGAAAAUCAUAAAGUGCUGUUUAGGGGCAUUUUGGUCGAUCAGGCUCUCAAAAUCAUAGUAACAGAUUGAGAUCCUCCCACUGAAAUCAAGAACUUGCCAUCCCCAUAACCGCCGCCACCACUCCUCUAAAUCUGCACCGUCUAUAUUUUUCCCGCUCUAUUACAACAACUAACAACUACCACCACCACUACCAUUUCGUUUACUCCACGGUCAGACAAAAAGCCCCAGAGAAAAUCACCAACCAAACAAUGGGCGCCACCCGCAAUGUCCUCCUCAUCUUUCUCACCGCCGCCAUUCUCGCCGCCGCCGCCUCAGCACAAACACUCGUCCACACAUACCCACCCUCCCUCUUCGCCACCAUCCUCUCCGCCCUCGGCUUCCGAGACCUCUCCAACGUCACCGCUAAUGCCAGCCUCUCUCUCACCGCUCCCUCCACUGUCUUCGCCCCCACCGACUCCUCCCUCCUCACUUGCCCCUCCUGCUCCCUGCCUCUUCUCCUCCAAGAACAUUCCCUCCCGGGCCUCUACUCUUUCCACUUUCUCCGCAACUUAGCCUUCGGCACCAAGAUUGAGACCUUCGCCCGCAACCGCUGUCUCACCAUCACCGCUUCCCCCAUCAUCAACCCCUCCGACGCCGUCUCCACCCGGAAAAUCUUCGUCAACGGCGUCGAAAUCACCAAACCGGACCUCUUCGAUAAUGGCCUCGUCAUCGUCCACGGCAUCCAGGGGUUUAUGUCUCAUCUCUCGCCGACUUCCUGCACUAUCGAGAAAAUGACUACCCUCGCCUACCCAGACCCCCCGCCGCCCACGGCAGAGUUCUUGGUCAUGCGCUCGAUGCUGAAAGAGGCCAUGGCCGAGUUGCGUGUCAGGGGGUUCAGUUUGGUGGCUCUGGCGAUGAGGGUCAAGUACCCGGAGCUGGCAGACCUCAAGUCCAUGACGCUUUUCGCGAUUGACGAUGGGUCCAUCUUCGCCGGAGGGGGAGGGCAUGCUUACGUCACCGACCUAAUGUUUCACAUAGUGCCCAACAGAAUUCUGAAGGGGUCGCACUUAAUGAGUCUGCCGCUGGAUACGGUGAUCCCGACGAUGGAGCGCGGGCAGGAACUGGUUGUGACCACCGCAGGCGGAGGAGGGCCCUUGUCUCCCAUGAGGAUAAACUACAUGAAGAUUAAGAGCCUUGAUUUGGUGAGUAACAAGAGGAUAGUGGUGCAUGCACUGUCAAACCCACUGCCCCACGUGCACCGUCGGACGGCGAUUAGGGAGGAGGAGGCCACUUGUGAUGAGCACCAAAGUGGAUUGUGUGAGGAAAGUGCUGGUACUAAACGACCAACGGUGCAGAUUGAAGAUCCUUUUGGUUUGUGAGGUUCUGAUCCCUGCCCCAAUUUUGCAUCUGUGCAUUGCGUCGCUGUUUCAUUUUGGUCAAUCGUUCAUUGUUGAUCGAAGUUCUUCAAAUUCAGGGGAGGCAUAUUCCUGUAAAUUUCGCUACAAUUUGAGUCCACUCCCCUAAUUGAUUUUAAUUGUUUGAUUUUUCUUUUUAUUCAUUUUGGAAGAUAGAAGCCCAAGUCUCGGGUUUCCAUUUGA